CGCAAACCAUUGCCAAUGAUCGGCGAACCGGUGGCCCGCGGUAGGGUUACUGAACCCACCAGACGUGGGAUGGGAGUGCCGGGACUGUAACGCUCAGGGUCGUACAAGACAUACGUGGUGCCGCACGUCUCGUGGGAUUGUAAGUGGGCUUUGCCGCUUCUGCAUAAUCUGCAGCGGACAAUUCCCCAUCUCUUGCUUUGGGUUGUCUCGCAAUGAUGGGGGGUUGCAUUCAGUCUCCUCUCGCUUGGAUUAUAUCCUUACUGUCCCGUACAAACUGUUCCACCUACCUGUUCUACUCUAGAUGAUAUAAAGCCCAGCGGUAAACCGCGGCAACUGCGUUUCUUGUGCGUCCCAUCCAGCUAGUUGUGUCCUCCAUGGCUCUCCUCAGUUUCGGGAACCUCGCGCUAUUAGCGCUGAGCUACCUUGCCUGGAGCGCCGUGUACCAGAUCGUCUACUACCGGUUCUUUCACCCGCUUGCGAAGUUCCCGGGCCCGUUCUGGGGCAGCGUCACCAGAUUAUGGAUCGCAUACCACAACGCCAAGGGAGACGAAGUAGCCACAUUGCAGAAGAUGACUGAAAAGUACGGCCCCAUUGUCCGCAUCACGCCGACGAUGCUGCUGGUCAACGACGCCACCAAGCUGCCGGUCAUCUACAGCCGCAACGCCGCCAAGUCGCAGCAUUACAUUACGGGCAGCUUCGGGAAGGACGAGUCCGUGUUCAACAUGCAGGACGCCGCUGUCCACGCCCGGUUCCGCAAGCUUGUCGCCGGCCCAUACAGCUUCUCCAGCGUGAAGAAGAUGGAGCCGCUGAUCGACGAGCAGAUCCAGCGCUGGAUUGACAAGCUCGACACGCAGUUCGCGCGCACCGGCGACAAGCUCAACUUCGCCGCCUGGGCCGUGUACAUGGCCUACGACGUGAUCUCGUCCAUCGGCUUCGGCGCGCCCUUUGGCUUCAUCGAGAAGGGCGAGGACGUCGGCGGGCUGAUCGAGGGAUUCCACGUCGGCCUGCUCCCGUUCGGGCUCAUGGCGCGGCUGUAUCCCUUCACCAACUGGGUCAAGCGCACCCCGCUCGCGAAGUACCUGGUGGCCAGCCCGGAGCAGAAGUCGGGCAUUGGCGCCCUGAUGCGCUUCCGGGACCGCCUGCUAGAGCAGCGGCUCAAAGACAUGGAGGCUGGCUCCACGAACGGCCGGAUGGACCUUCUCCAAGCCUUCCUUGACGCCCGCGACGACAACGGCAAGCCCCUACCGCUCGAAUUCGUCAAAGCGGAGGCUCUCCUCGUCAUGAUCGCAGGUGCCGACACGACCGGCACGGCCUUCCAGAACCUGAUCCUGCACAUCCUCUCGCACCCAGCCGUGUACGACAGGGUACUCGCCGAGAUCGACGCCGCCACGCGGCAGGGCCUGCUAUCCCCCGCCGGCACCGUACCCACAUACGACCAGGUGCUGGCACACUGCCCGUACUACGUGGCCUGCGUGCGCGAGACGCUGCGCCUCACCCCCUCGGCGCCGGGCAUCUUCCCGCGGCUAGCGCCCUCCCCAAACGGGCUGGUGCUCCACGACGACGACAACGACAACGGGCAGCGGCACUACCACGUCCCGCCGGGCACCGAGCUGACGUGCAACCCGUGGCUGGUGCACCGCGACAGGCGCGUCUACGGCGCCGACGCCGACGUGUUCCGCCCGGAGCGCUGGCUCAACGAUACUACUACUAGCAGUAACGACAACGGCAACGGCAACGGCAACGGCAACGGCAACGGCAACGACAAGAAGGCGGGGGUGGUGGCGGCCGAGUAUGCACGGUACAACUUCGCGUUUGGCUACGGCACGCGCGUGUGUCUGGGCAAAGACAUGGCGUACAUGGAGCUGUUUAAGGCGCCGCUGCAUUUUCUGAGGACCUUUCGGGUCGAGGUCGUGGAUAAGCAGCGGCCGGCAAGGUUUCGAGUCAAAGGGGGGGUAAUGUACUUUGAGGAUAUGUGGCUUACCAUUGAGAGGCGGGCACCUGUUGUCUGA